AUGGUCAAGUCUAGAUCCAAAGGCAAGGGCGUCUCACGCAAGAUCAAGCGCUAUACGCUCGAGCCGACUAGGCCUGGCAGCGGAAGCUCUACCAUCGUCUCGCAAAAGGCGUUCAGUCCGCAGGGUCUCGUCGAUGAGAAGGAGAAGACACAAAGGAGGAUAGACCAAGUACUCACCGGCCUGGGUGAUCGCGCGAUCGAGCAGAUCCGCAAUCUUAAUGCAAGAGCCGACCAGACGGCAGGCGAUUCACCUAUGGACGAUAACCACCAUGAGCUCCAGGAGGCGGGAGAUGCGAUGGAUGUAGACAAUGCGGGAGAUGUAGACGCAGAUGAGGCCACCGGCGACGUUCUGUAUGCCCUGCGAGACUUCAUGGGCACACGGUACGCCCAUGACUUCUUUUUCACUUUCGUGUACUGA